AUGGCAUCCACCGUCGCCUCCGCCAUCCGCCCCAGUCUCCGCGAAGCAUCGUCACGCCAGCAAUCCGGCAGUCCUCACACGCCCACCGGUCGUUUUGUCUCCUCCGCCCAGUCUUCGCCGGGCUCGUACUCCUUCCGCGCCGAAGAGGACCCCAUCAUCAUCGAGCUUGACCCUCGUGGCCUCAGAGCCGGUUUCCAGGGCGAAAGUGGCCCGCAAUGUUUCAUCCCGUUCACUUCUCAGAGUUCGAGGCGAGUGGGGGAUUAUCGGUCGUUUCUGCCGGAGUUCCGACGUCGCAGACAAGACCUGGCAUCGAAGAGCAAAGAGUAUGAACUGUGGAGAAAUGACUUGAGAGAUGUCGACCUGGGUCUGUUGGAGGAUAAGUUGGAACGCGCGGUCCGGGAGGCGUACAACAAAUAUCUGUUGGUAGAUGCGGGCACGGCGCGCUUGGUACUGGUCUUGCCUUCGUUGGUGCCCCAUCCGGUCCUGUCGACAGCACUGACGCUGCUAUUUGAGCGAUGGAAGUACUCUACGAUCACGCUGUUGCCGGCACCGGCCAUGUCCAUUGUGGGGGCGGGGUUGCGAUCAGGUCUCGUCGUGGAGGUGGGCUGGGAGGAGACUGUGAUUACAGCAAUCUACGAGUAUCGCGAAAUUCACGUUCGUCGGAGUGUCCGCGCCAUGAAAGCCUUGACCAUGAAGAUGGGAGCACUGUUAGAGAAUGUCAAAAAGGAACAGGACGAGUCGAUUCGUGGUUCGCUCGUGCUAGAUUUUGACUUGGUUGAGGAGUUUGUGGAUCGUGCUGGUGCAUCUCAUGCGUUAUUUCCCAUCCCGGAAGAAGAUCUUUCAGCAAGGACAAAAGCAUUGAACCUGGAGGACCAACAGCGUCCCGACGCCUGUGGCGGUGAUUCAGCAAGCAUAGUAAUCGACUGGCCAACGGAUACGUCGUCUCGGCCCAUCGCUGUCUCCAGACAGGCAUUGUGGGAAGCGUCUCUCGACACUCUAGUUACACCAAGGACCGAAGAACACCGGGACGAUCAUGAACAAUCCAUUAGUCAACUUCUGUACACAACGCUCCUGGCCCUGUCGUCGGAUGCUCGAAGUAUUUGCAUGUCGAGGAUUAUCUUCCUGGGUAGGGGUUCAUCUGUGGCGGGCUUGUCACGGAAAGUACUGGACACAACCAAUACCAUCAUCAGCGAGCACGGAUGGACGGCUGUCCGAGGGAAGCACAUGAACGUCAAGCGGAGUGGCCUCGCAGAACUUGCUCAAGGAAGGGCUGUUCCCCCUGAUGCUCGACAUGUCCUCAACCCUCCGGGCACUGAUGACUUUGUUGAGGAACGGCUCUUCAAACAGAAAUCCAAGGAUGCGCCUCAACCUGUCACCCCCGUCCUGCGGCAGGUCGAUUCUUUGGGACCAUGGGCUGGUGCGAGUCUUGUUGCCAGUUUGAAGGCGAAAUCCUUUGUUGAAAUCGAGAGGGAGAGAUUCCUCUCUCAUGGACUGGCCGGGGCACAUCGUGAUCUCGAUCCUAGUGCUCUUCAUCAGCAGCGCAGCACAGCAGCAAAGGGUGGCGAGAGGACGAGCUGGACGUUGGCAGGAUGGGGUUGA